UCUGCUGGUCUAAGCUACAGCAGGUCAACAUAUUCAGCGCGAGAGGCGGGCCUAUCUGCAGGGAAGAUGAACUGUGGACUCGGCGCUAUUCUGUGGUAGUGAUUUCAUCGGCGGAGAGCUGAGGAGCCUCGGACAAUACUUUUGGACAUGGUGACACGUGGGUUUUUGUGGGUGAGAGGACCCGCCGGCCACCCGUUGGAUUAACCGGUCGUCGCAUGUGUCCCGGACUGCUCCUCUCUCACCUCGGGGACCCGGCGAUGCGCUCUUUAAAGGAAACGGGUUUCGCAGAAACAUCCGGAAAACGCAUCCCGGCGCCACGGCCACUCCGCAUCCCGAUAUGCCUCUGACAACACAAAGCCUGGUUUCAGGGAGCCCCGAUGAGAAACCUCACAUGCAAAUCGGCAUGGGCGCGUCAACACGUUUAUUUCGCUAUAUGUUUAUGCGGAUGAGGCUUCGGAGCGCAGAUGUACAAUGAGACAAUCGGGAUUUAUCAAGUAGACUUUAUUAAUAGGCUACAUAAUCAGACAAUAUGGCUGAUCAGAGCAACAUCCAGUCCGCCGCCUCCAAGAGUAUCCGGCCUUUUAAAUCCAGCGAAGAAUACCUGUAUGCCAUGAAGGAGGAUCUGGCUGAAUGGUUGAAUACCCUGUACGAACUAGAUAUUACUGCGGACACCUUUAUGGAUGGGCUGGGGACGGGCUGUGCCCUCUGUCGGCACGCCAACAACGUGAACCGCGCCGCGCAGGACUUCCAGCUGGAGUACCCGGAGGCUGCACAGUCCAUGAAGGUGCCAUCUAAAGAUGUUGGCUUUCAGUCGCGCAACGUCGUCCCGGGCUCGUUCGUGGCGCGGGAUAACGUGUCCAAUUUCAUCACCUGGUGCAGGCAGGAGCUCUGGAUCAAGGACGUCCUCAUGUUUGAGACCAACGACUUGGUGGAGAGAUGCAACGAGAAGAAUUUUGUUCUGUGCCUCCUUGAGGUGGCGCGACGUGGGUCCAAGUUUGGCAUGUUGGCCCCCAUGUUGAUCCAGCUGGAGGAGGAGAUCGAGGAGGAGAUUCGGGACCAGGAGAGCCUGCGGAUCGAUGCAGGGGAGCCGGCUGAGCAAAGCCCGCCCAGCAGGUGUUUCAGUCGCAAGGAGAGCAGUCACAGUGUGGAGGAUGAAGAUGAACCUGAACCGGAGCCGUUCGUCUGGCAGCAGAAGAGGGUUUUAUGUGACAUGCGAAAUUUGGAUGAGUUGGUGCGUGAGAUCCUGGGCCGGUGUUCCUGUCCAGCUCAGUUUCCCAUGAUUAAGGUGUCGGAGGGGAAGUACAAAGUGGGAGACUCCAGUGCAUUGAUCUUCAUAAGGGUCCUUCGUACUCAUGUGAUGGUGCGUGUUGGAGGGGGCUGGGAUACAUUGGAGCACUAUUUGGACAAGCAUGACCCGUGUCGCUGUGCUGCUUUUGCCCACCGCUAUCACCAGGCUAAAGCCAGUGGCCAAGGUCAGGGAGCCCAUAGCAAGUCCUCGAGUGCCCACUCCUCCCGCUCCACUAGCCCAGGUCCACACUGGCGAAAUGAUGGCAUCGCACCUUACAAACCUCCUGACAGGCGCUCGCUGGAGCCUCCCCCUGCUCCAUGUUCCGCCUCCUCCUCCUCCUCUUCCUCCACUCGGCCCGGCCGCUCUCAGAACCCUUCUGGUUCCAUGGAGCUCGACUCCGGUGCAGCACGUACUCUAGUCCCACGGCCGCCACGAGAC